UUAACUCCUCCCCGGUCUCGGAUCCUCUCGCAAUCCUUAUUCACAGCCUCUCACGUUGAGGAUAGAGAGAGAAAGGGGAGAAACAAGAAGACGGGCACACAAGAAGAAGAAGAAGAAGAAGAAGGGGAGUAGCGAAACGACCAUGGCAGUAUCCAAAACGUCUCAGCUUGAGAUAGUGUCCGAUCACAGCGUACCUCCACCGCCGUCGACCCCUGCACGGAGCAUGCAGCCGCACAAUAGACAGAGUCCAGAUGAAUGAGGAGCUAUCUACCUGGGCCGUGGACAAAAUGAGGGUCAUCUUCAUCCAAAACGCCGGUUUCGUCGCAGCUUUCUCGCCUUUUAGAUGUGAGUCGGUAAUGUUGGCAGCGUUUAGGACGACAGAUAGUAUGAACGAGACAGAAAUAUCCACAGCUAGAUUAUGCCAGUCAAUGGAGGAGUGAGGAGAUCAAUUUAUUUAGUUUUUUUUUUUUUUCCUUUUAUUGGUAAAGAGUUCGCUCGUUCAUUAUAGCCAAUCUGUCAACACUAAAUCGAAAGUGUAUUCAGUUUUUGCCUUGCAGCCUGCAGACGACAACUGAAUACAUUUCAUUACAAAUUGGCACUAUAAUUAUUAUUGUUUAUCCUCUAAUAUAGGGUUAUGUAUCAGCUUAAUAUAAACCGAUAAUGUCAUUUAAUUGCUGUGCUUUAUCAUUAGUGGGUUGAUUAUAGUCUAUAGCGAUAAUACCAUGAAUAGGUCGGAGGAAUAAUCUCUGUUCACUUUGAUCAAAGCCUAUUGAUCAACUAAGACAAUCUGGAAAUGUUAGUUUCCACAUGUAGCCUUUAUAAUAUGACUAGUAGGCUGCGCGUUAUUCUUCGUAAUUUAUUUAUUUAUUAAUACGAUUAUUUGACACAUUAGCCUAUAUUAUCAAUUCCUUAAAGGUAGCUAGUUUGACGUAUUUUAACAGUAAGAAGGUUGAACACUUCCCCAUAGUGAGAUGGAAACAGCUUAUUUAUCGCCCCACCGUGGGGCAACGCGUCCCGGGGCCCCGAGAGGACAAACCUCCUCGGGCAAACCGGCUGCUGGAGGUGACCUCUCCCCUCCAACCCGGACUCCCGCUCCACCUCUACCUGCCGGCAGCUCACCUGAAGGGACCCCGGUGAGCAGUGAUGGACGGAGAAACUCGGGCGUGAAGAAACACCACCACAAACACAACCUGAAACACCGCUACGAGCUGCUGGAGACGCUGGGAAGAGGCACGUAUGGCAAAGUGAAGAAGGCCAUUGAGCGGCACUCUGGCAGAGAGGUGGCUAUCAAGUCAAUUCGGAAGGAGAAGAUCAAGGAUGAGCAGGACAUGGUUCACAUCCGCCGAGAAAUAGAAAUCAUGUCGUCCCUCCGCCACCCACACAUCAUUUCAAUUUAUGAAGUGUUUGAGAACAAGGACAAGAUUGUGAUUGUGAUGGAGUAUGCCAGCAAGGGCGAGCUGUAUGACUACAUCAGCGAGCGGCGGCGCCUGAGCGAGUGGGAGACGAGACACUUCUUCAGACAGAUAGUCUCCGCCGUGCACCACUGUCACAAGAAUGGAGUGGUGCACAGGGAUCUGAAACUGGAAAAUGUGCUACUGGAUGAAAACUGUAAUAUUAAGAUUGCUGACUUCGGGUUGUCCAACCUCUACAACAAGGACAAGCUGCUGCAAACCUUCUGUGGCAGUCCGCUUUACGCUUCACCAGAGAUCGUCAAUGGGAGACCGUACCGAGGCCCAGAGGUGGACAGCUGGGCUCUAGGGGUGCUGCUGUAUACCCUGGUCUAUGGGACCAUGCCAUUUGAUGGGGGAGACCACAAGAACCUCAUUCGCCAGAUCAGCAACGGCGAGUACAAAGAGCCAACCCAGUCCUCAGAUGCCCGUGGACUGAUCCGUUGGAUGCUGAUGGUGAACCCUGAGCGCCGGGCCACAGUGGAGGACAUCGCUAAUCACUGGUGGGUGAACUGGGGAUGGAAGAACAGUGUGUGCGACUGCGAGACCCAACGGGACCACGGGGGCUCACCCAUGCUUGCCCGAUUCAUCGACUGGCAGAACCGCACUGAGCCACGUGGUUCUGGAGCCAAAGCUACUGUCAUGCCACAGCUGAUGCGCCAGAGGCCCAAAAAGUCCAAGAAGGAGAAUGUGGAGGUUGGACAGUCCCACGGCGGAGCGGAGGACAAGCCCGGUUUGAAGAGACCCAAGGGGAUCCUUAAAACCAGGGUGACUGAAGAGCAGCAGUCUGCCAGUCUGGAACAGGGGGAGUCGGGUCAAAUGAUGGUGCCUACAAAUGCUGAAGGUGGAGACGAAGCCUCAAGUCCAGAUCAAGAGGAAGAGGAGCCUACUCUGAGUGGAGGCUCGCCGGCUAAGAUGGUGCCUACUCUUCCAAAGAAAGGCAUCUUGAAGAACAACCAGCAGCGAGAAUCAGGGUACUACUCCUCGCCAGAGCGCAGUGAGUCCUCUGAGCUAUUAGGGGGCACCAGUAUGUCACUGCUGGCUACCUCCCCGCCUAAAAGAGUGAUAGGGAGAAAGGGCAUCUUGAAGCGAAAUGGCAAGUACUCCACCUACAGUGGGCCCCCGUCAGCGGCAGCAGUGGCUGGAAUCCUGGGUGAGCCUCCUCCCUCGACUGACUCUGGUCUGUCCCGCAGUCAGAGUCGGCCCUCAAGCAUCGUUGGGGAGGACAGUUCUGCCCUCUCCUUGUCGCCCAGCUCUCUCAGCGGGGCGGAGUGGCAUCCCUCCACCCCUCACCUCCGCACAAACAUCAGGGCUUGUGUCUCAGCGGAAAACCUGCUGCAGCUCGCCAACUUCAAGGGCUUCCAGGCAGCGCCACCUCUCCAGGGACCCAAGUUCAGCCGCGGCUCCAGAAUGAAAAGCUCCCCGGGAGACAAUGGCAGCUUCUCCUUGCUAGGGGACCUGGAGGACAUGACUCAGGUGUACCAGCAAGCCCUGGACAUCAGCAGCAACCUCACCUAACAGAUGGGUGGCAGGGAGAGAAGAAGCAGAUUGGAUUGAACAUGACUGUGUGUGUGCAUGUGUGUGUAAAGAUGUAUGUAGACGGCUUUAACGACCAGUGUGUUACUGGGAUACACCUUUUUGGAGGUUGUGGUUUUUCAUGUGAGGUUGAAAUCUUGGAAAUGAUAUGUCUACACAAGCACAGAUGUACACACUCACAUGCCCUUCUCUGGCCAGGGGGAAUUUUAGACAGAGAGAAGGAGCUGGAAAUGAAAAAAAUGCCACCCAGUCUGCUUUCUUGGCCCGCCCAUAGACUUUGCUGUGUUCAACAUGUUUACAUAUUCAGCAAGAAGGCAAGUUAGAAUCACAAACGCAGCAACCAGAAACUGGUUGGCUCUUUUCGUACGCCACCAAUCUUGAGUUUGAGUUUACAAAAGCACCUUAAAACUCACAUAGAGCACAUGCUUUUGUGAUCUUUACUUCCUUUAAAAAAAAAAAAAAAGAAACAAACCAGGGUCUUGUUCCAAAUAUAACUGACAUUGCUGAUUAUUUAUUGAUAUUUUUGUAGCUUUUAGUGCAAAACUGGUGGGCGCUGGCUUAUUACUGGAAGAGUCCAAACUCUUUGUGUGGAACUGACAUAUAUAAUUAUGUUACUCAGUGAUAAUGGGAAACAUAUAUAUACUCAACAUAUAUAAGAAUGCCUGCGCUUGUAAAACGUGCAGGCAGAUAUACCUUCAUAAAAGCAUAUGUCCUAUAUAUGUGUAUGAUACUUGGGAAUAUGUAGGAAGUGCCUUUUUUGAUUCUUAAUUCAAAUUAUGUAUGUCAUUUCCUAAAAGUGGAGGGAAAAGCCAGGCCAAUCUGUCGCCAGUUGUGAUUUUUUUAUUUUUAUGUUGAUUGUGAAUGUGGAGAGACCCAGGGCCUUCUGCACACAACUUUACAUGUUUUUUGGGUUCUAUGAUUAAUCUCAGACAGUUGAGAUCAAACAGCCUCGUCUCCUUCCACAUGUAGAAAAACACAGAUAAUGUCUGGGGGGAAAAAAAGUCCUUCUCUGUGUUCUUUGUCAGUGUUUAAGCCCAGAGUUUGAUUUGUCAGCAGUUUAGGUGGCUUGGUUGAGCGCAGAUUUUUGCUGGCAGCCCCUAAAGGGUCUGGAGCGACUCACCUAGUGGGACACUUGGUGAAGGGAGAUGUCGCAGACACCAUCUCACAGUCCUGGAAUGUGCCUGGCUCUCUUAACCUUGGUUGUUUGAUAUUUUUUAGCGCCUACCUGAUAAAGCAGGCUGUUUCUUGAGACGGUGCAGUUGUUUUACUUUACUUUAUAUUUUUUUUUACCAAAGAAACCAAAUGUAGGUUAUCCAUUCUCAGACGUGAUCAUAUUUUACACAAAUCUCUUCAAAACAGCCAAGUAAGACAGUUUGUUUUAGCCUGCUGAUGACACAGCAAAUUCCUCAGACAAAGGGUGGAGACGUGUUGGUACUAGAGAUCUCUAUCAGCACCAGCCAGACUCAGCACAGGUGGGAUUUGUGGUGCGUGCUCAGCCCUCCAGCUGUGUAUACUAGUCCGUUAUGUCAACCAAGCACAAUUAGCCAGCUAUUGUUUUCAUUUGACAGUAAAAGAGGGAGGAGGGAGUGUGUAUAGGUUUAUAGCUAGAGGGUGAAGGAAAGAGUGAGAAAAAGUGGAACAUGGGAAGAUGCUGAGGUUGGAGAGGACUUUUCUGUUGUUUACAGGAAAGGUCAAGGAGUUAGAUUUAUGUUGAAGGAAUUGUAAGGUAGAAUAGUGAAAGUAAAGAAAGUGAGUAGAAAGAUUAGAUGGAGGUUUUUUUGUUUUGAUACCAAAGAUGGAUUGAAGCUUUGGCGUUGGAUGGGUCAGGGAUUAACAAGGGUAAUUUUUACAAUUAUUUUUCUUUGCCUUUGGAAUCCCCAUUGGUGAAUGAAAUCAUCCCCACAUUGGCUUUACCUCAUGUUUGUUUAUUUUUCUUAUUUUUGGGGAUUUCAUUUGAGAUGCUGGAGGCUGUUGAUGCAGCUUGUCUUGAGGGUCAUUCAGUGUGUUCUGCAUGGCCUUAGAAAGUACAUUACACUUCUCAACUGCAGCCAAAAAAAACAAAAAACAAGUGGGAGUAUGAUGACUGACAUCAUCCAAGAUAUCAAGUGAUGUGAAUGGAAAACAAUGCAGGAGAUGGCCCAGAGGAAAUCGAUCACAUGUUGACUGUUUUCAGUGGGUCUCUGGUGUGAAGGAAAGGUCCUGGGUUCAAACGAAAGACCCGCUGUGUAUUAUAUUGCAUUUUAUUGCCUUUUUUUUUGGAUUUGCAUUUUAUUGUCAACUGGAUUUACAGUGAGAAAAUUAUACUAUGUUAGUAUUUUGUUUUAUUAUGCUUCUGUUUUUGAUUUUCCAAAAUAUAAGAAACUUUAUAUUGCUUUAUGUUAUGGCAGAAAACACUUCCUUCCUUGAAGUACUAGAAUUUCGCUCCAGAAACUGGUUGAUGCAGUUUGAGAAACCCAUGAUAAACUUCCAAAUGGCAAAAACAACCCUUUAGAGUUAAUUGGAAUAUAGGGGGGGAAAUGCAAGAAAAUGCACUACAAUAUCAAUAGGUGACCCUUAGAAAAAUGCCCCCCCCCCCCCCCCCCCCCAAGACGGGGAGGUGCAAAAUGCUGGAACAACAUCACGAUAGAAAGGAAAUAAAAUAAUGGGAUGAAUCUGAAACUUAAAACUCUGCCAAACUGGAAACACGUGGUGCAUAUCUGUUAGUCUAAUCAUAGGAAAACUUGACUGGAUAUUGUUAUGACAAUAAUAAUAAAUUAGUAUUAUUAUGUUAUUUAAGUAUUAUUUUUUUCGUAAUGGCUCAUUACUUUUGAUGGAUGAUGGAUAUUGCCACAAUUUGUUUUUGUUUGUUUGUGAUUCUGGACUACCAAGGUGGAUUAAGUUGUGUGCCUUUGGUAUCUUUUAUGAACUUUUUUUUUUUUUUUUUGAUAUUGCAAAUUCAUAUCAAUGUGUUUUUAUACUUUGUAUUUAUUGGUGAUCAAGCCAUUUAAUUCGUCAUCAGGGAGGGAAAAAAAAAAACCUUCCUGUUCAUGCUUUGGCCUGCUCUGGACUGUGUGUUGUGUUCAGGACAAACCGCACAAAAUCAAAUAUCAAUUGUUUGUUCAAAAUAGAAGUGGUAUCAUCUCAUUGUGAAAGCAGUGGCCAAGUGUGAUUUUUCUUAUUAGUAGCAACAACAGUAGGAGUUCUUCAAAUCCUGUAAAAGUCUUAAUUCAGUCAUUUGGGUGUGUUUCCACUCGACACAAUGCCUCUGUAGUACUGUAUCAACUCAAAUAAAUGGAUCUGGAAAUUAA